AUAGAUUUCGUCUUCAAUAUUAUUACCAACUCUGAUCUCAUUACAAAAUCCAAGAUACAUUUCGACUUUAUCAGAGAUGGUUCAGUACUCCAAGUUCAUGAUUGCAAGUAUAGAAAUAUUUUAGGAAUCCGAAAAAAAAAUUCAAUCUAUCAUGGAUUGUAGAUUCUGGAGCACAUGUUGCGAUGAACGAAAAUUAAUACCACUAUUUAUAUUCUUAAAAUGGGUUAAUUUCUGAGGCUGAUGAAGUAGAUUCUCUCUAAUAUUGCUUUAUGCUCGAAUCCAAUACUCUGGGCGUGUUCAUAAGCGUGUUCUUAGCGUCCUCUAGUGGAAACCUGUUUAAAUUAGGUGGGAGUCAAGUACGGGAGUAACACUGGAGUCCUUGUAGUGACAUAUCCGCGUGUCAUAUAUUUGAUGAGUCUCUUGGCAUUUGUAAACAAAAUGUCUUAACACUUGACACCAGAUUUCACAGCGUUAAGUUCCUGGUGCCAAAGUAAUUCUUUGCCAUCAUGUGGAAGUGUCACAAAUGUGGAAAACCCGUAUAUUUCGCGGAGCGGAAACAAUCCUUGGGGUAUGACUGGCAUCCAGAAUGUUUAAGGUGUGAAGAAUGUGGAAAAAGAUUAAACCCAGGGCAGCAUGCUGAGCAUAAAGGUGUUCCAUACUGUCACGUGCCGUGCUAUGGAGCACUUUUUGGGCCACAGUUAUUUGGACAUGGAACAAGAGUAGAAUCUCAUACUAGUUUUGGAAAGAAAGAAUCUCGUUCAACAUUGCCCAGAUCCCAUUUGGAAUCGAAACUAAAAAUGUUCAAUCAGUAUUACGAGGGAAAAAGUGGUGGCAUUAGAAGUCGAGAGGUUAAUGGACGAUUGAUAUUAGAAGGUGCUCUAAGGAUUUACUGGGGAGUACGUGGUGUCAUUCAUCUUAAAGAGGAUGAUGAUCAACGUACUGUAGUUACAGCACGCAAUAGAAAUUCUUGUAGAAGAAGCGUGUCUGAGGAUACGGAGGAUGAAGAAAAACCUGAUAUAUCGCCGAAAGAUCUGUCUCCGUCUGAAAUACAACCGGAAAGUGAGCCCAACUCCAUUCCGGCAUCUCCGGAUCAUCUAAAAAGUCUAACACUGCCAAUGAAAUUGGACGUUAAAACUAUGGAAUGGGAUGAAUUGGAUGAAUUGUUACAGGUCGAGCGUAAAUUAGAAGAUGGCAAUAAGCUCUACCAAACAAUGCCAGAGAGUCUCCCGUCUAUAAGCUCACAUUCCAGUACUGAAACUCCACCACUAUCUGCUCAAUCCAGUAUCGAUGCUCCGGAAGCUCUUAGUAGCUCCGGUGCGACCAGUCCCAGUCAUCAAGCUGGCAAGGGUAAUGACAGUAGUGUCGGCAGUACACCUACGCACAGCAUAGAUAGUUCUUCCAGUACAGACACACCGAAUUAUCAGGGAACACCUAACAGAAAUGGAACUCUGCGAAGAGUGGAGUACUUCGAUAGCUUGGAGAAGAAUAUGAUCGGCAGCAGAAAUAUCAGUAACGAUGACAGCUGGAUAGAGAAAGGAUUAAAUCGUUCAAUGUCUGGGCCGGAUUGUCUACAGAGGCACAGAACAGAUAGUGACACGGACUCUGUGAAUUCUCUACACUUUAGGGACGAUGACAAUAUGACUAUGUCGACAGACAGUGGAUUGGAGCUUGAUGGUGUUGUCCUGAGACGCAAACAAGGUUCAACUGCGAUCAGACGCCGUCCAGGAGGUCGUCGUCAAUCACGCAGCCGUCUACGACGUCGCUGUUCUAUUAAUGGACAUUUUUAUAAUCGGGAAACAAGCUUCUUCACACCGCCUCAUGGUUCGCAGAUGUCUGUUUGGGUUACCAGCCUUGUGAGCACUCAAGAAGUUAUUAAUCUUAUGCUCGACAAAUAUAAAGUUGAUGCUAAACCUGAUAAUUUUGCUCUAUUUGUGGUUCGUGAUAAUGGAGAACAACGUAGAUUGAGAGAAGACGAAUACCCUUUGGAGGUUAGGGUUGUUUUAGGACCACACGAGAAUGUGGCGCGUCUCUUCCUGGUAGAUAAACUCACGACUCCCGAGAUCAGUUCGGAUGUUGCCCAAUUUCUAAAUCUCUCAAUAGCGGAAUGUCACGGUAUUUUGCAACGCUAUCAUUACGAAGAAGAACGUCAGGUUGUUUUACUGAAGGAGAAAUACAAGGAAAUGAGACGGAGAAUAAAGCAACGAAUGGAGGAAUUAAAAGUACGGCUGUAAGCUAGAUAAUCUUAUCAGACCGCUAACCAAAUUAAUAAUUCUCCGUCGAUAAUACGUAGUAUCGUUCUAUCUUUAUAUCUGCAAAUCGUGUUUUUCGUAACAGUCAUUGUACUUUUGUCUCAACAUUUGUCGACUUUCCUUUUAUACAAUUUUUAUUCGCGGCAAGCCAAUUAGCGUUUACUUGGCAUUUAGUCUAUUACUUAUUUUGGCAGUCAAUGUAAAGUAGUUGUAUUGUGAAAUUACAAGCACGAAAUCAAACAUUCAUGAUAGUAUAUGUUUUUUUUAAUAAAACUAUCGGAUAACGAAAAUAUUAAUUUGAUAUCGCAAUACGACUACUCAUACACUAAAGCUCAUCCGUUCAACCAUUACAAAGUGGUUCAUGCAUUUUACUGUAUCCAAUAUACCAGUGCAAUUUUAAGUGAAAUAAUUCGGAUUCGCUAAUUAUUAGCUAACACGUGCCGCUACGUAUACAGUUAUUUUUCAUUAAGUCGGACCCGCCGUAUUUCCAGUUAUUUGUACUCACGCUUUCACUAUUGCUUUUUAUAUCUUUAGGAUGCUGGAAUUCAUUAGCACGGCGGGUGUUUAAAAGUUAGGUAGCUAUUAAAGAUUAAAAGGUGUAAUCGCGUAAGGUUGCCGUUUUGUCACUUCGCGAUUUCACCUCGAAAGUCCGAGGUAACACGUUCGCUCGGAAGUUUCUCGCAAGAUUUAACUGAAGAUGGACCAUUUUUUUUAUUAAUCUAUUAUAAUUAUCCCGAUUAAAGUAAUUGCCUUUCGGUAUUCGCGAUAGUUUUCAUAAUGGUUUUAGGUACUAAAAAAGAAAAACAAAAAAAGCUAAUUAUAUUCCCCACUGUUUGCGGCAUUUAUGCCAACUAGUACCACCUGCGGUUGUUAUACAAGUUCUCGUUAAUUAUAAUUCUUUUUUUUUUUAUAUUAUACAAAAUAUCGUCUGCUGAGAUUUUUGUGGGCCCUAAAGACCACGCGUCUCGCUGAUCCUGCAGCGUUGCUUCUUGCGCAACUUCUAGAUAAAAUAUUGUAAUUUUAUUCCGUCGUGAUCGUUAGAUUCAACAUAGCAAAUUGAUGCCACACGAUUUGUAUAGGAUCGUUCGUGAAAUUUUGUAUGGUAUUCCAUAAGUCUUGUCGCUUGGUAAAAAAUUCGAACAGUAUUAAGUCCUAUUUGUAAAUUGAUGCGGUUCUUCGAUUAUUGCACAAAAUUUAUAUAUACUUUUUUUCAAAAAGCUAAUCUAAGUGCUAUUAGAUUAUUCCCUUCGCUAUUACAUACAGGUACACUGGCGAGCAAUAAUGGCCCUCCUGGUUAUAGUGUAAUAGCAAUAAUUUACAAUAGUAUUUUGGGAGGACCAUUUUUACUCCCUCUGCUGUACAAGCAACACGUUAUUACCUCUCAGUAUAUAUAAUUCCUAUCAAUCGUCAGAUCUGUACAUACGUAAACGAAAUUAACUAGAAAUACCGAUGAAAAUAGCAUUAUUGCCCAACUUACCGGACAAUGGAUUACGCAGUAUAAAUUCUUCCUGCUGACACCAGUUGGUCGUUGUGAAAAAACUUGCCUUACGAUUUUACGUCUCUUUCGUGCGCACCAGGAAGAUGACGCCGUGCGGUAUAUAUUUGAACUACGUAUCAUUAAAACAAUAAGAUGCUACUUGAAAAUAAAAUAAUUAAAAGAAAUAAAGCCAUCGAAAAUUACACGAUC